AUGGCGUCUUCUAAUUCUAGCUCUGAAUACCUUGAAACGUAUUCCACGCCGUUUUACCUUAAUGUAUCACAACUUCCUUUGUCUGUCCUUGCAAACGCCUUUACAUACGGCAUUCUCCGCUAUUCAACAAGUGGUUUCGACGUUGUAACCAAAAUGUUUCUCAAAGCACUGACUGUAUGGUAUGCAGCCUACGGGAUUGGUCAGGCGAUUACAUCACUCCUCCAGAUUGUCCCCAUGUCUGCCAAUGCCAGAUUUACCAUCUGCAUCUACCAAGGUGUAUUGAUUUGUCCUUGCUUCUUUGUGACAUUAACGCUUACCUGUCUUCUUAAUCUGAACCGAUAUAUAAUGGUUGCAAAACCCCUUCGGUAUCAUCAUAUAGUUACUGAUCGAAGGGCCGUUGUAGUCAUGUCCGUGGCCAUAACUUCAUCCAUUCGUCUGACCAUUGUGGGAUUGCCUAUACCCAAGACACCUUCAGGAGACUUCAUGAUGAACAUAUGUGAAUUUAAUGUGGAUGCACUCAAAGGCAAUUUCGUCUUGAUUUUCUGCGUUUCCUUCUUGCUGAUGGCGGCUUUCACAUCAGUCGUUUCAACAGUGAGCUUGCUGGUCAUUUCCCGAAAACAAUCGAGGGCGAUAGCAGAUGGGGAAAUCACGAUGACUGCAACGGUUAGCACGGUUAAUCAGCGCAAGUACCGCGAUGACACCUCAGCUUAUGCUAGAGAGGAAACGGCAACGACUAGGAGACAGCGUAAGAGCAACAGAAGGGCACUUUUGACCAUCUUUCUCCUAAACGUUGUUGUCUUUGUCUCUUGGUUACCUCUCACCAUCUUCUAUGUCUUGUUAGGCGUUGGUGUUAAUUUUCCUCCAGUCUUUGGAAGUGUGGUUGUGUUCCUUUCCAUGUCUGCAACGUGGUGGCAUUGCCUAGUGUACCUGAUCACAAAUAAGAUGUUCCGGGAGACAGCCAAAGAUGUCUUUAAGAAAAAGCUCAGAAUAUACUGCUCAGAUACCACAAAAUAA